CCCUUCUUCGCUCCCUCCCUCGGAGCCCAGUUGCUCAAGACGCUUCCUUCCCCACCGCCAGCUCCAGUUCCUCUCCCUGUGGGGCCCUUGGAAGGCCAACGAACGCUAGACCCCGGAGCCACCCGGGCGGCAGCUGGAAGAUCAUGGCCCAGGCCCUAGAAGACAGGAACCCUCUGUCCGAAGCCUCGGACGAGCCUUCCGAGUCAAGCGCGCCCAGCACCCCGCAGAUCCGCUCCCACAGUAAGGACUCCCGUUGCCUUGGCAGGUACAAGGGCCAAGCUGUCGCGGCCAGUGCCAACCUGUCCCGGGAGCGAAUCAUCCCCAGGGCCCUGACGGUGAGUGGGGCAAACGGGACACGCCGGCGCGGGGCGCUGCGGGAGCUGCUGGGGCUGCAGGGGGCGGCUCCCACCGGGUGUCUGUCCGAAGAGCACUUGGAGUUCGCUGCGUCUGGGUCCCGCCGCUCGAGCGGGCAGGGCAGCGGCCGAGUGUGCCUUGAGCCGCGGGAGCACGCGUGGAUUCUGGCAGCUGCCGAGUGCCGUUUUGAAGUGCUGCUGGAGAUGCUGGAGGUUGAGCCCAGCUUGCUGAUGCGGGAGGACCCGAUCACUGGUUACAGCGUGCUGCACUGGCUGGCCAAGCACGGGCGCCACGAGGAGCUCAUUCUAUUGCACGAUUUUGCUAGGCGCCGGGGACUACCAUUUGAUGUGAGCGCCCCUGGCAGCGGUGGCCUCACGCCACUCCACCUGGCGGCUCUGCAAGGCCAUGAUAUGGUCAUCAAGGUGCUGGUGGGAGCCCUGGGUGCUGACCCCUCACGUCGAGAUUACAAUGGCAACCGACCUUGUCACUAUCUGCGGCCAGAUGCUUCUCUGAGCCUCCGGGAGCUGUCAGGUGCAGAAGAAUGGGAGAUAGAACGUGACAGAGAGCUUGAAAACGCCAACAACAACAGCAGCAGCACCACCACCACUACCACCGGAUGGCUGAAACGCACCUCAAGUGUAUCGCGCAUCAAGUCCGUGGGAAUAAACUACAAAGAGGCAUCUCAGUCAGCCAAAGAGAAGAAGGCAUGGGGCAAUCAGGGAGGACAAGGCAAUGGCCUUCUGCGCCAGCUCUUCCCCUUCACCCAGAAUCGUUGAAGGUGACAUGGACCAGAGAGCUCAUUCAUAAACUGUUCCUGACCCCACCCAAGCAGAUGCUCCUCUGAUGCAGCUUGGGCCUGCAAUGGGUUAACUGACCACAUCUGGGCCCCUAGUCCUGUCCUAGGUCUCCUGUCCGAACAUUCAAUAAAGAAAGAGACCAAAGAACCAGGCUGGCCCUGGUACCCAGCCACAAUACUGUGGGACUUUGGACAUUUGGAACCAGAGCGUGAAUCCUGCUUGGAAGACAAGAGGGAAGUUAAGCUUCUAGUAACCUUUUCUGGGUGGAUUGAAACCAUUAAAAGACUAAUUUAAGACUGUACACUACUGGUGCAGAGCAAAUGUCUAAUACCGGCCAGCCUGGGUCUGCUGCUAAGAAAUCUCCGUGUGCUGGUUGAGUUCGCCCCUGGCAACCUGCUCCCAGGCUGGCCAGGCCUGAGCAGUCUCACAGAGCCUAAUAUAUCAUGGAGGGGAUAUCCCCCCACAUAACAAA